UUGAAAACCAGCACACCCAUGAAUGCGCUCUUUGCCCCUCAGGAAGACAUAGUCAUACACAAGAAAAUACAGGAAGACACUCAAACACAAGACGAUGGCAGCAGCUAUAGUGACCGGCCUGAUCCCAAUUCUUCGCACUGCCGUGGACACCACCACCACCUACAAGGCCCGCACCCUCUGGUUCGGCUUUGUGGCCGUCCGCCUGGUGGUGCUGUUUGUGACCGAGCUGCCCUGGUUCAAGCUGGACACCGACUUUGGCUGCAACGCAACGGCCCGCGACACCCUGUGUACGCGUGCGUGCUUCAAUGAACACUUCGACCACCCAGGGGUUGUGACCUGGAACUUCCUCUUCAUCCUCGUCCUGCUCUCCGUGCUGCUCAUGGAGCUCUUCUCUGCCCACCUGCGCGCCUCCGCCCGUAAGAGUAGCGCCAGGCAGAAGGGUCCCGAUGGCCAGGCAGUAGAGGUGCAGGAGCUCAUGAUGCUCGACCUCCACGCCAGCAAGACCACCGUCCUCUUCUACCUGCUGAGCGUGGCGCUACGUAUCGCUGUGGAGGCCUCAUUCCUCUACGUCCUGCUGCAGUGGAACCUGCCCACGAUGAAGAUGGAGCCCUUUAAGUGCGAAGUCGCCAAAUGCCCGACGCAGAUGUGUGUAGUGAGGGCCGCGUCUGAGAAGCGCAUGUCCAUCUUUGCCCUGGUGUCCAUCUCGUGUCUGGUCAUAGCAGCCAGUUGCCUGUUUUUUCUGUACUCUGUUAUGCACUACCUCUGCAACUGCGGAGGUGGAUCUGAGAGAGUUAGUGCUCUGUAAUAUGUUAUCCUCUAUUCCAUAUUGUGUAUUUGGAAAGUUCUAAAGGGAGGUUCAGUUGUAGAAGGAGUUUAGUGAAAUAAUUAGAUCCAAAUCAGAGGUUUUGCUUUAGGCCUCUUCAUAAUUGAGUUAUUAUACUGGUACAUUAUGCUGUUAUUAUCCUGUUAUAUUGUUGUUGUGACCAUAUAUGCUUUGUGCGUGCAAAGUUAACGUUUGGGAGAUUAAAGAUG